AUGGUUUCAGAGGCUGACGAGGGUGGCUUGGACCUCUUUCAGGAGCCUGCUGAUUACUACGAACCAGAAAAACAGGCAACCAGUGCUUCUCACCAGCUGCUUUCUGGAAAGCAACUCAACGUGCGGUUGGUUGGGCAUAAUCCAUUGUGGGGACAUUUUCUAUGGAACGCAGGACGAACAAUAUCGGCAUAUCUGGAAGAGAAAUCAGAAGAACUCGUAAACGGCAAGACGGUACUCGAACUUGGCGCUGGGGCUGGACUUCCCAGCCUCGUCUGUGCUCUAAAUGGAGCCUCUCAAGUGGUGGUAACGGAUUAUCCUGAUGCUGAGCUGAUUGAAAAUUUACGGUACAACAUCGAUCACUGUGAUCUGCUACCCCAACCUCGAACCAUUGUUGCUGAGGGUUAUCUGUGGGGGGCACCUGUUGAGGAGCUAAUGAAGCAUCUAUCAAACGAGAAAGGAUUUGACACACUCAUAUUGGCGGAUCUUCUGUUCAACCAUUCUGAGCACGAAAAGCUGGUCAAGACUGUGCAGCUUACUCUAAAGAAGUCAGCUGCCUCGAGAGCCUACGUCUUCUUCACACCAUAUCGCCCAUGGCUUCUUGAGAAAGACUUGGCAUUCUUUGAUCUAGCUCGAGAAUCGGGCUUCACUGUCACCAAGACAUUCGAGAAGAUCAUGGACAAGGUUAUGUUCGAGGAAGAUCCAGGUGAUGAGCUUCUUCGUCGUACGGUCUAUGGUUAUGAGCUUAGUUGGACAAGCUGAAACCUUCAACAAGACCUAUACUUCCGUGGACGAUAUAUCGCUACGAGGGGAGUCGAGUCAGACCCGAGUCGGAUGUCUUCGAUGCUUGCUUCGACUGGGCGUAUCAGCAUAAUUUGCAGACUCUUCGAAUGAUUGGCUUAGGGGGAAACACGGAUUCCCACGCUCCCAUCCUCGUUUCCAAAGCAGCACUCAGA